AUGGCUAACCAGUUCAAUACGAUUGAAUUUCUCGAGGAGUACCAAAGGUACCCUUGUUUGUGGGACAAAAGCAUGCCUGACUUUAAAAAUCGCAUAAAAAGAGACCAUGCUAAAGAACAGUUGUUGAAAAUCACAAGUGGUAUAAACAAUGUCAAAGAGUUAAGACAAAAAAUAAGAAAUAUAAGAUGUACUUAUAAUCAAGAGGUUGCCAAGAUUAAAUCAUCAAUGAGGACAGGUUCAGGGUCGAGCACAGUAUAUAAACCUAAAUUGGCCUGGUUUUCAUUCGCGGAUAGUUUUUUAAAAAAAACUUCAGAUAUUGAAAAUAAAUCGGACACUAAUUUGGUAAUAUUUAUAAUAUAUUUAUAA